GAAAUAUAUGAGAUAUAUAGAGAUAAAUAAGUAAUUAUUUUAUGUAUAAAAUAAAAGAAAGAGUAAUUUUGUAUGAAUUUUCUUAUGAAAAAAGGGCAGCCAUUACGAAGGCUAUGAAGUUUAUCCAAAUGAAUGCAGUUCAUUCAGGUUUCUAGAAAAAGGAUGCAUGUGCUUCUAGUCUAGCCAUGACAAGAAAGUAGAAACGAAAUAUCAACACUUCUGGUUUAAAGAAGAAGAAAUUCUGUGGAGAUAGAUGGCAGGGAUCAGUUGCUAUUCUCCUUUGCUACUCUCUUCUCGGAGCAUCUUGGGAUCAUCUUUGUUGGUUGUCAAAGGGAAACCUCUUAGGAGAGCUUUUCUAAUUAAAGCACAAGUUGAAUUCGUGAAUGCUGAGGAGGCGAAGAAACUUGUAGCUCUUGAGGGAUAUGCAGUACUAGAUGUGCGUGACAAAACUCAAUUCGAGAGAGCUCAUAUCAAAAACUGCUAUCAUGUACCACUCUUUGUAGAGAACACAGAUAAUGACUUAGGGACGAUAGUAAAGAGGCAGUUGCACAACAAUUUUGCUGGUUUAUUUUUCGGACUGCCAUUUACUAAGCCCAAUCCUGCGUUUGUGCAAUCUGUUAAAAGCCAAUUUUCUCCUGAAAGCAAGUUGCUACUUGUCUGUCAAGAGGGUCUAAGGUCCGCAGCUGCUGCCCAGAGAUUAGAGGGAGCAGGUUAUGACAACAUAGCAUGCAUAACAUCCGGUCUUCAGACCAUAAAGCCUGGAACAUUUGAUUCUGUUGGUUUGAAAGAGCUGCAAGAUGCUGGCAAAGCUGGUCUAGUUACCAUACAGGGCAAGAUUUCAACAGUUCUUGGAGCUGUGCUUAUCUGUGCACUUUUAUUUGUAACUUUCUUCCCUGAUCAAGCAGAACAGCUUCUUCAAAUGGCUCCUUCAAGCUAACACUUAAAUUUUUGCUUAGUGUCUCCAUAUGUUGAGGGAAUUUGUGUAGAGAGAGAAUUGUUUGCUAUUUGCUUUUGUACAUGUCUCACUUUAUUAAUAUCUGAUUGAAAAAUGUGUAUUGCUUUUUCUUAAUUAAAUACUUAAGGCUA